AACUUUAAAUCCACUGCCUCAUCUUCUUCUUCAAUCUCUGGCCUCGCUUUUCUUUCAACAGGAGAUUUCAUUUGAGAGAAUUUAAUGUGUAAAAAACAGAAAAACCCAAAUUCAAAAUAAGCUGGAAGAUAUCUGAAAACUCAAACUCUCAUAGCUCUGAAACUUGCCCCAAUGGUGUCUCUUCAAGAUUCGCAUUCCGGGUCGACCCGGUUCCAUCUGACCCGAAACUACUACAUGGCGUCGCCCACUUCGUCCACCAGAAUUAACAGAAAUACUGGCCGUUCUAUGCGAACCAUACGCUCCACCAUCUUCCAAGACGACCAUAGCUGCUCUGAAGUCUCUCGCUGCGUUUCCGAGAAUCUAACCGAAUCCGUUAUCGACAUGAGGCUCGGCGAACUCGCUUCCCGGACAAACAAACCAGCCAAGUCCACAACGACCGAAGAGGAAUUUCUCGAGCUUUCUCAAGCUUUCAGUGAUUUCUCUGCCUGUAGCAGUGAUAUCUCGGGCGAGUUGCAGAGGCUCGCGUGCUUGCCGUCACCGGAGAAUCCGCCGAAGAGUGAAACUGAUGAUUCAGCAGCCGAACCGGAACCAUGCCAAGGGUUUCUUCAGAGAGAUUCUUUCUCAACAGAAAUAAUCGAGAGCAUAUCUCCGGAAGAUCUUCAACCGACGGUCAAGAUCUGUGUCGACGGGCUCCAAUCUACUUCGAUCGCCGUGAAACGCUCCGCCGCCGCGAAGCUACGUCUAUUAGCAAAGAACCGGUCCGACAACCGAGCUUUAAUCGGUGAGUCCGGUGCGGUCCCUGCCCUGAUUCCUCUCCUCCGGUGCAGCGACCCAUGGACUCAGGAACACGCCGUGACCGCCUUGUUGAACCUCUCUCUCCACGAAGAAAACAAAGCUCUAAUCACUAAUGCUGGAGCGAUAAAAUCUCUAGUCUACGUUCUCAAGACAGGAACCGAGACCUCGAAACAGAACGCGGCGUGCGCUCUGCUCAGUCUGGCGCUGGUAGAGGAGAACAAAACCUCAAUCGGCGCUUGCGGUGCGAUUCCCCCUCUGGUGUCGCUCCUGCUGAACGGUUCGACCAGGGGGAAGAAGGAUGCACUGACAACACUAUACAAGCUCUGCUCGGUGAAGCAGAACAAGGAGAAAGCCGUGAGCGCCGGAGUGGUGAAGCCGUUGGUUGAGCUGGUGGCGGAGCAGGGAACGGGGCUAGCGGAGAAGGCUAUGGUGGUGUUGAGUAGCUUGGCGGCGGUGGAAGAGGGAAAGGAGGCUAUUGUUGAAGAGGGUGGGAUUGCGGCGCUGGUGGAAGCGAUCGAGGAUGGUUCUGUCAAAGGGAAGGAAUUCGCGGUGUUAACUUUGCUUCAGCUUUGUGUUGACAGUAUUAGGAAUAGAGGGCUUCUUGUCAGGGAAUGUGGGAUUCCUCCUCUGGUGGCUCUUUCUCAGUCCGGCAGUGUUCGAGCUAAGCAUAAGGCUGAAACUCUACUUGGGUAUUUGAGAGAACCAAGGCAACAAGAAGCUUCUUCUUCUUCAAGUCCUUGAAAGAGGACAAAGGAGAAUUAAACUUCAUAAUUUAGAGAGGUGAUUAUAUAGAGUGUGGUUGGUUGUUUAUGUAUAUAGGGAAGUUGGCUUGUGCUCCCUCCCUUUUUUUUUCUUUUUCUUUUCUUGGGUAUUGCUCUCAAUUGCUUGUACAGUGUGUUUGAGAAACUAGGGAGAAGAGAAGGAUUGUAGAGGGGAGAUGAAUAUAGGGGACGUAAAAUGACAUUUUAGAUGUAUGAUUCAACUAAGUUUUGGUUCCUUUCCCCAACUUUUUUUUAGAGGUGGAAUACAUGUUUGGCUUGUGGGUUCUGGGUUGAUGAGAUUUGGGUCAUUGUCCUUGUGUUUUGUUUGGGCACCCAAUAUUGUUAAAAAAAGUUCACUAAUCAUUUUGUUUUACUUAGUGAAGAUAAAAAAUAUUAUGAAUUGCUUGGUCUUGGUUCUUGGA